CAGUCUACCAGUACAGCUUCUCUCUCUCUCUCUCUCUGUCUCUGCAAAUUCCCCACCAUAACUCACCAAACCCUAACGCAGAUUCCAGCUUCUCUUUCAAUUUCACACCCCCAAAUGUUCAAUUCUUCACAAUAUCCGGCCACUUUCACCUAUCAAUAUCCCAACACCACCUUCGACCCCAACACUCAAUUCUCCUAUUUUCCUCCGGUAGCGUCCGAUCACCCACCCGGAGUCGACCCGGGUCCCAAUUCAGGCCCAUACCCAUUGACCCAUGUUGGCCUCCAAAGUCACCUGCCAUUUGGUGAAGACCCAAAUGCUCCUUCACAUGGUUGGCUUGUCAAUCAAGCUGUUCCCAUCUCAUAUGACGCUUCAAUCAAAUCUUUGAAUGAGAGCUUGUUAGUGCCCACAAAUGCAAAUUCUUUGUGGAAUAGCAUUUGGACAGAUCAACCUAAUGCGUUUCCAGGAACGUCCAAUGGUACAGACAAUGCCAGUCUGCCUAGCGAAAUGAGCGGCGCGGGCGGGCAAGUGAUGUGUGGGAGUACAAGUGCAGUUGCUGGUGAGGAGUUGGGAACAAAGAGAAGGAAGGUUGACGCAGCAGCGGUUGGUUUUGUGAAGAUUUGCGAAAUGUGCAAUGUCACUACCCAUAGCCCAGACGUUUACAAGAAGCAUUUGGCUGGGAAAAGGCACGCUGCUCAGGCUAACUUAAUGCAUCGAAGGGCUGGGUUGAAUUCUGCUCCCGCAAUCCAAUCCAAGUCCAAUGGCAUUUGGAAGAAAGACCCAAAUAAAGUCAAGCUUGUUCAGUGUGUAUGGUGUGAAUUUUGCAAGAUCUACUGUAACAGCCAGGACGUCUAUGUCAAACACAUAGUUGGAAGGAAACAUCAGAGGAACUUGGAUCAACUUGAAAAGUUGAAGAACAAAGGUACUGCCCCGACCACAAAUGUUCCAUCAGGUGCAAGAAAUCCACAAAUUGGUCCCAUGGAAAAGACUUCCCAGUCAAAGGCUCCUUCACAAGAGGAUUUGGAGAUGAAAAAGCAGAAGGUUAUAAGAGGAGGAGCAGCAGCUGGGGAAGUUAGAACAUGCAAUAUUUGCAAUGUAGUGUGCAACAGCCAGAUAGCUUUCAGUUUUCAUCUUUCUGGUCAGAAACAUGCUGCAAUGGUGGCGAAACAACCAUUAGAAGCAGGUUCUGGUGUGUAAUUGCUUUGGACAAUGGUGACAUUGAGUUUAGCAUCCCUUACAGUCCAAGUUGCAUGCAUCUAUUUGGGGUAUGUAGAUUGGUACCCUUUACCAAUUAAUUGGCAUGAUAUAACCAAAGGCUAUCAUCUUAAAAGUGUAAAUAUUGAAGAUGACCCCCUAGGCCUUAUUGUUAAGGUCGGCAUUUGGGCAGCUUAUACGUCGUAAACUAAAGUGAGGUGGAAGCUAGUGUUGGGUGAAGAACACUAGGAAUGACUUUAUUUACGGUCGGACCCAAGAAUCCAGAUUGAAUUAAGGAUAUGAAAGUUGAAAGAUCUUCUCCAGUCUGUAAAAUUCUUUCUUGUGUCCUUGGUAGAUUAUGCAAU